AUGAAGUUCUCCGCUCUUGCCGGCCUGUCCCUCGUGGGCGCGGCCCUGGCUGCUGACCUGCCCACCAUUGAGAUUAAGGGCAAGAAGUUUUUCUACUCCAACAACGGCACCGAGUUCUUCAUCCGCGGAGUGGCUUACCAAGCCGACUACUCAAGCUCCUCCUCAGGAGGCAACUCCAGCUCCAGCGUCAAAUACGUGGACCCUCUCGCCAAUCUGGAAACCUGCAAGCGUGACAUUCCCUACUUGACUGCUCUUCGUACCAACGUUGUCCGCACCUACGCCGUCGACCCGGACGCUUCCCACGAUGAGUGCAUGUCCGCGCUGGCCGAUGCGGGCAUCUAUGUCAUCUCGGAUCUGUCCUCCCCCUCCGAGUCGAUCGUGUCCGACGACCCCAAGUGGGACGCCGAUUUGUUCACCCGCUACUCCAAGGUCAUUGAUGCCUUUGCCAAGUAUGACAACGUGAUUGGUUUCUUUGCCGGUAACGAAGUCGCCAAUGAGGUCAACAACACCGCUUCCAUGGCAUAUGUCAAGGCCGCUGUCCGCGACAUGAAGACCUACAUCAAGCAGAAGAACUACCGCCAAUCGCUCGCCAUCGGUUACGCUACCGAUGACGACGCAACCGUCCGUGAGCAGAUCACCAACUACUUGGUCUGCGACACCAGCGAUGAUUCCAUCGACUUCUUCGGUUACAACAUCUACGAGUGGUGCGGUGACUCCAGCUACUCCACCUCUGGCUACAAGGACCGUACCGAGGAAUUCAAAGACUACCCCGUUCCCGCUUUCUUCUCCGAGUACGGCUGCAACCAGCCUUCUCCCCGCAAAUUCACCGAUGUCCCCGUCCUUUACGGUCCUCAGAUGAAUGAUGUCUGGUCUGGUGGUAUUGUGUACAUGUACUUCGAGACGGACAACCACUACGGUCUCGUCUCGGCUGAUGGCGACAAGAUCAAGACUCUUCAGGAUUACUCUUACCUCUCCGGCCAGAUGAAGUCGGCUACCCCUACCGGAGUCAACAGCGCCAAGUACGCCGUCACCACCACCGUUGGUCGUAGCUGCCCCACCGUUGAUGCCACCUACUGGUUGGCUGCCAGCGAUCUGCCUCCCUCGCCCAACGCCGAUCUGUGCGAGUGCAUGUACAACGAGCUUGAGUGCGUGCCCGUGGAUGACAUCUCCACCAAGCAGAUGACCAACACGUUCAACUUCCUUGGUGGUAUCAAGGGUGUCAUGGACGGUGUUUCUCACAAUGCGACCACUGGUAAGUACGGUGGUUACUCCAUGUGCAACACCAAGCAGCGUCUCGGCUGGGCCAUGAACCGCUACUACCAGAAGUUGAACAAGGCUUCCGAUGCCUGUGGCUUCAACGGUGCAGCCACCGUGACCAGCACCACCAAGGCCUCCUCCUGCUCUGCUCAGUCCUCGGCUAUGAGCGCCAUUGGUACCGCUGGCCGAAACAACGCCAGCGGUGGUCUGGCCGCCUCUGGCACUGCCACCGGCACCUCUUCUACUUCCAAGGGCGCUGGCGCAUCACUUUCGGAACCCCGUGCUGUCUUUGUUGGUUCAUGGCAGACUGGUGCCUAUGCCGUUGCCGCGGUUGCCUCUGGACUGUUCAUGAUCAUGCUGUAA